GACAUUGAUGGAGGACGACAAAUAUUUAAUGGAAAAGAUCUCGUCAGAUGAGGAAGGAGAAUAUGGAGAGGGGAGAAGUAGUCAAUUAAUUGGUGAUGGGAGAGAACUUGAUUCAUUUUCAAAGGAAGUGGAGGAUAAGAGCACAAAAUCAAAUGAAGAAUCACCUCAAAAACCAAUUUUUACAACUUCACAAAUUUGGGAUGAACAAGAAUUGCAUGAUGAUGAGGAAGGAGAAAAUGAGCAAUUAAUGGAAGAUGAAAGUUUAAAUGGAAUAAGUACUUCACCUUUUUGGACACAGUCUAUAGCUCCUGGUAAAUAUUACAAUCGGGCUCGUGGAGGUGGUCAAACAGCAACGCCAGCUUUACUUUCUCUUCAACGCCAAUUUGAAAAUUGUAUUAUUCAAACAAUUAAAGAAGGUAUGGCAACACAGCCAAAAUGUGAUCCUCCUCCAACAAAUUUAAAUAAUUGUUCUUCUCAUAAUUGUGAUGCUGCUGCUAAUAAUAAUUGCUCAAAACAUGUAGCUGGAAGUGACAGUGAUUCUGACAAUGGAGGGGAAAAUUCUGAUAAUUCUUCUAGUUCUUCAAUUUCUUCACAUAACACUUCUAAAAAUGGUCGAAAUACUGCUGGUGGUGGUGACUCCAACAAUUCAUCUCCUUUAAAAAAACGAUUUGGGCGACGAAGACGAAAGCGUCAACAAAUAAAAUCUUUUGCGCGUGAAGAGAUUUUACGUAAACGUUCACACCCAGCUGCUUUACACCCUGAUAUUGGAUUCAACGAACCAGGCCAACUUAACGACGGCCCUCUAUGCAAGUGUUCUUGGGCUGCAAAACAAACUGGAGUUAGACAUGGAAAAUUUGCUGGAGAAAAAGCUUUUCCUCGUUGUGAUUGGAAUUCGAGUAAUAUUGAACGUUUAUAUCAUUAUGUUCUUCAUGUUGAGCCCAAUCCUGCAUCACUAUCACGUCAUCCAACACAAAUUCAAAUUGAUGGUCAUUGCUACAAAUUUGAUGGUUUUUCUGUUUUCUUUCACAAACCUUUACCUGAACGUUUCCCUCAACGUCCAAUAAAUCAAUGGACACAACAUUUUCAAGUUAGAUUUUUACAUGAAAAUGCUCCAGAGAGUUUUACAGUUGCAGAUCUCGAAUUAUUCCAUUCUUUUCUUUUUGAAGGAAUUUUAGAACUUUACGAUUUAAAUAGACAAUUAAAUAUUUCAAAAGAAGAAAUUAACUCAUCUUGUCCAUUUUAUCAUUGUUUGCCAAGAUUUGCUAGAUCUUUACCAGAUAACGGAAAAGAGCUUUUACCACUUUCUUCAAUUCUUUCUCAUUUUAUUACAAAUUUUACGCCUUUAGUAGAUGACCGAUUAGCUCAAUAUUUUCACAUUAACCCUUUGGCACUAGUUGAUUUUGCUUGUCAAAAGAAGGGGGAAAUUUGUAUAAAUCCUAAAAAGAAACCUUUGGCAAUACGUUUGGAUUUGUUAGAAAAAUCUGCAGACAAUAAAGAAUUUUAUCCAAUAAUUACACAUUUUGGUAUAAAACCUAAUGCAUAUGCUUUUUUGGCUAGACCACAAAUGCAAGAUGCUUUAUACAAACACUUACAAUUACGUAAACAUUUAUCUUCAAAACCUUCAAUAACUUUUGAAGAAAAAUGGUUAUUAAGAAAAAGUGAAGCACAUUUAAAUGCUCUGAAAAGGGAAUGGGAUUUUUAUUCAACUGGAAUUUGUUCUGACAUGGUAUUCUUAUUUAAAAAAAUUUUUUUUAAUUUUCUAAAGGUUUUACAUUCAAUUUUACUUGUUUUGGCCUGUCAACAUGUUCGUUUUCACUGUUCUUUAAAUUUUUUGGAGGAACGAUUGGCUUAUACAUUUAAAAAUCGUUCUCUUUUGGAACUUGCAUUAAUUCACCCUUCAUUUCGUGCAAAUUAUGGAACAAAUUCUGAUCAUGCAAAAAAUGUUUUGAAUAAUUGUGGUUUAAGAAUUGGAUUAACUACUGCAACAACAACAGCAACUUCAAAAUCUCCAUUAAUUCCUUCUCCACAAAAUUUAAUUUCUUCCUCUUCACCAUCAAAAAAUUCAACAGAAAAUUCUUUAGAAUUAUUAACUAAACAACAAUUAAUUCAAAAAACUGGUAGAAGGAGAGGAAUUAAUGUUUUAAUGGAAAUUAUGUCUAUGCAACGUUCUUCAAGUAAUAAAAAUGAGAAUAAUAAAAUGAAAGAAAAUAAUGGAGGUGAUGGAAGAAUUGUUAAUCGUAUUAAUGAAUCUAUUAUUAAACAUAAUGAAAGAUUAGAAUUUCUUGGAGAUGCUGUUGUUGAAUUUUUAACAACUAUACAUUUAUUUUUCUUAUUUACUGAAUUGGAUGAAGGUGGUCUAGCUACAUUUCGAUCUGCUUUAGUUCAAAAUCGUCAUUUAGCAACUCUUGGGGAUCGUUUAGGUUUACAACAUUUUAUGGUUUAUGCACACGGUCCCGAUUUGUGCCAUUCUGCAGAUUUACGUCAUGCAAUGGCUAAUACUUUUGAGGCUUUAAUGGCUGCCGUUUUUCUUGAUUCUGGUCUUGAACAAUGUGAUAAAAUCUUUGCAAAUGCAUUAUUUAUUAAUGAAUCAAAUUUACUUCAAAUUUGGACAAAUUUACCUGAACAUCCUUUAAAAAAAGACACUCCUUAUGGUGAUAGACAUUUAAUUUCUUCUGUGCCUUGUCUUAAAUUACUUGUUGAAUUUGAACGUUGUAUUGGAAUAACAUUUAAACAUAUUAGAUUACUUGCUAAAGCUUUUACUAGAAGAAAUGUUCCUUACAAUUUUUUGACUCUUGGACAUAAUCAACGUUUAGAAUUUUUGGGUGAUACUAUUUUACAGUUGUUAACAAGUGAAUACCUUUACAAACAAUUUCCAUACCACCAAGAAGGACAUUUAUCACUUUUACGAACUUGUUUAGUUCAAGCAACUACUCAAGCUGUUGUUUGUGAUGAUUUAGCGAUGGUUAAAUAUUUGGUUAUUCCACAGGCUUUAUUAAGAAAAUGCCCUCAACCAAAUCUUCGAACUAAAGACAAGGCUGAUUUGGUAGAAGCAUUUUUGGGUGCUCUUUAUGUAGAUAGAGGUUUAUUAUAUUGUCGUCAUUUUUGUCGUGUUUGUUUUUUUCCAAGAUUAAAGUAUUUUAUUCUAAGUCAACGUUGGAAUGACCCAAAAUCCCAAUUACAACAGUCCUGUUUAACCCUUAGAAAUUUUGCUUCGUCAGAACCUGAUAUUCCAGAAUACAAAACUAUUGGAAUUGAAGGACCUACAAAUACAAGAAUAUAUAGAGUAGCUGUUUAUUUUAGAAAUAAACGAUUAGCGGUCGGUACUGGUGUAAGUAUGCAUCUUGCACAAAUGAAGGCUGCAGAAAAUGCUUUAAUUGAAAAUGCAAAUUUAUUCAAAUCAAAUGGAUAUAUUAAAGAAAAUAAAAAUAUUUUUGAAAAUAAAUCAAGUUGUGGAGGUGGAGGAAAUCAAAUUGAAAAUUAUAUAACAAGCUUAAAUAAGGUAAUUUUACUAAAUAAAUUGAAAUUUUGA